GGCCCUGGAGCAUCACUGGGUGACUCUCUCCUCACUACCUGAGGUGAGGUCAGUGCCCUGCCUGCUACCAACACCCCUUCUCAUGGGCCACUCUCAACUUCGGCUUCUCACCCAGCUGUGGCUUCCCAUGGUCCCCCACUGCUCAUGUCAGUGGGCCCAUCCUCAGAGAGUGGUAUGGGGACCAGUUGAAGGGUCCAGGGAUCAUCCUUUCCCUCUUGUCCCCCCUACGCAUCAGGCUCAUGUGAGAAGCCAAGACCAGACUGUCCAAGGCUCUCUUUUCAUACUUCAGCAAGCCUGAGUCCCAUGUCCUCCCAGCGGCCCAACUCUUGUCUUGGUUCCACUUUAAGGUAGAGUCCUGUCUCCUUGCCCUCCCAUCCCCCAAUCCCAUCCCCAAAAGACUGUGUCUCAGAAGCCCCAAGCAGCCUUGCCUCCUGACCUAACAGCUGGAGAUACUGGCGCUCCCGGGGAGGAGUUUUGUGAUGCAUCCUGCAAACCUAGUUCCAUCUCCUGGCUUCCCUGGCUCUGUCCCCAGCAUCCCAUCCCCCUGAUCACAGACCACAAACCUCGGACACGUGGAUCUUGUCCUUCAUGCUUGAUGUGUGUGUGGACUGGGUCACCAGUCCCUGCCUUUCUGCCUCCACAGACACUGGCAUGACCCCGAUCAUGAGUAACUCCUCCAGCUUUCAUCCCCAGUACCUCCCACGCCUCACCCGAGUCCUGGCCCUGCCACAGCCCCAGUCCCGGCUCCAUUUGUCCCGUCAGCCACCAGGCUGGUGCAUUUAUAUAGCUCUGUUGUUGCUGGAGCCAGCACUAGGCCGCUUGUUCCCCCUCUUCCCCGGGAAGUGCCCUCCCCUCCUUUUAGGGUCAGCGCUCCGGCUCGUGUUCCAGGUCCUCAGCCUGGCUCUGAGAGGUUCCUGCACACAAGGCCAAAGAAUGCUGUCAGCACAGUUCCCACGGCAUGGCUCACGCGGGGCCGGACACGGCUGGACUGAGUGGAGCUUCAAGAAGGGGGGAUUCUGAAAGAGGGCUCUUCGGGGCUUCUCGAGAGCCAGGUAGGGAGAAAUCUAGACUUCCUAGUGGACCUCAACCUGUAGUUCUGGCCAAGGGGCUGGGGGAGAGAAGCAAGAAGGCUUUAUGGUUGGGGGGGAGCGGGGGAUGGUGGAGGGGGUUGGUGGUUGGAGGGAAUGGAGAGCCUGAGAAAGGCCAGGAUGACAGGCUGGUGUGAUAUUGAGCCUGAAAUGGUCAAAGUGAUCCAACUUGGGGUCCCCAGUGCCUAGGAGAGUUGACCCCUUGAAUAGCGGUGUGAAUGUGAAAGAAGAAACACAAGGCCUGCUCACAUAGACGUGAGGGCUGGUUCUGAAAAGCAAAGUUGGAUGCCGAGGUCCCGACUCUUGGCUGGGACGGAAUCCACCCGCGAGAGACUCAUGAAUUCAUACCAUCUGUGCCUCUGGGAGGGUAAGGCUGAGUGGGGCACCAAAGACCCAGUCCGAUACCAUCUGGAGAGUAGGGGAACCUGGGAGUUAGCAGGAAGACUCCAAGCCAGCAUGAAUUCCGGCUGCAGGGAUGAUGCAGUGCACAGGCUGGCGUCAUGCUUGUGUAACCUCUAGUAACUCAUGCUUGCUGAUUCCCUGGCUACAAAAAAAAGUGAAAGUGAAAUAGAGGGGAGAGGGACAGUGCUUUCCCAGAAGGACUUUACUAAUCUUGCCCUUCCCAGAAGCUGCUCCAGCGAAGAGGGCUUUGCUUCUCUGUGACGGGGUAAGUCCCUGGCCCCUCUGUGGGUCCGUUUCUCCAUCUCUGUAAUAAAGGGGUUCGGGUGGACUCACAGUCAGCAUCAUGUUAACGGCACUAAGAGCUAGGGUGGGCAAGACUGUCACUAGAUGGUCUUCAGCGUUGCUGCUAAGUGCUGAAGAGCCCCAGCCUCUGCUGGACGCCUGGAGUAACUGAAUGGCAGUGCCUGGCAGCCCAGUCAGAGUUCAGACCACGGGAGGGCUGUGGAGCCCACAAAAGGACAGGCCCAUAGGAAUGGCUGGGGUCCAGCCACUGAGAAUUUUGAGAGAGAAGUAACUUAUUCGCAUUCUCCUCCCCCGCCAGCCCCCAGAGAGGAAGUUGUUACAGAUAAAUAGAACCGGGCACGCCAGCUCCUGACACAUCCGUCAAGACCAUGAGACAGAACUGGACACCAGAUCGCAGCCCUUUGCGGGUUCUGCUUUUGUGUGCCCACAUGUUCUGUCACCUGGCUGGAGCCACACCGAUACCUCAGGCCACUGCUGCUGCCUCAGCUGGGAUCACGAAGGACCCCUGCCCCUCUCGGCUCCCAGUAACUAUGUGGUGCCCAGCAUUGGAGGUGACCUGGCCGGAAGUGCAAGGACCACUGAAUGGAACGCUGACCUUGUCCUGUACCGCCUGCAGCCGCUUCCCCUUCAGCAUCCUCUACUGGCUGGGCAACGGCUCCUUCAUCGAGCACCUGCCAGGUCGGCUGAGAGAGGGCAGCACCAGGGAGUACCGGGGUGCACGCACCCAUCUGCGGAGGGCCCUGGUGCUAGAGGAGCUGAGCCCCACCCUGCGCAACACCAACUUCUCAUGCAUCUUUGCUGAUCCUGAGCAGACCGCCCAGCAUCAUGUUGUCCUGGCCCAGCUCUGGGCUGGGCCGAAGACCGUCCUGCCUUCCACUCAAGAAGCCCCGCCCUCCAGCAGGUCCCCUCUGCCUCGUCACCGCGACAGGUGAACUCCAAAGCCUGGUUGAGUCAUCACCUCUUCACUGAGGUCUGCACGCUCUUGCAGCUCAGGCCUCCCUCUGAUGGACUGUCCCAGGGAAGGGAUGGGGUAACUGCUGCUUCUGACCCACAGUGGUGUCUUUGUCACACCCGGCAGGGCCCGUGGUGGGCAUGCAUAAAUGGUUUUUCAAUGGA